UUUGUCUUGUCUUGAUCCUCGUUCGAGUUUUUAAAAAAUACGCAAGUAGAGUUUUCAUUGGAAUCCCCAAAGUUUUGGAUUUUUCUUUAUAAAAACGGAUCUUUCUUGACCCUUGAUUCAAAAUAUACCCAUUCUCAGUUUUAAUUAAAAAGUUUGAAAAAAAAUGAAUUUUAGCAUUAAGCAAUCGGCUUUAGCUACAUGCAUUGAUGUCUCAAAAUCGGUUGUUCACAAAAUAGCACCUUCGACAAUUUGUAGAUCUUCCUUUUCACCAUCUUUGAACCUUCGGAACAACCUCAAAAGAACCAAUCUUUCAGUGUCAAAGCCAUUGCAUAUCACAUCUAUUGAGAGUUUUGGUAAGGUGAAAAAACCAGUGAUCCAAUGCAAGGCUUAUGAAGCCGACAAGUUUAUAGAGGCAGCUGGGGAAGGGAAAUUUGAAGCUGCAAAAAGGUUGAAAAUUGGAGUUUAUUUUGCAACUUGGUGGGCUUUGAAUGUGGUUUUCAAUAUAUAUAACAAGAAGGUUUUGAAUGCUUACCCUUACCCUUGGUUGACUUCAACUUUGUCCCUUGCGUGUGGUUCUUUGAUGAUGCUUAUUUCAUGGGCUACAAGAAUUGCUGAGGCCCCAAAAACAGAUUUUGAGUUUUGGAAGACUUUGUUUCCGGUUGCUGUGGCACAUACAAUUGGACAUGUAGCGGCAACUGUGAGUAUGUCUAAGGUUGCAGUUUCAUUCACCCACAUCAUCAAGAGUGGUGAGCCAGCUUUUAGUGUGCUGGUUUCAAGGUUCUUGCUUGGAGAGACCUUCCCUCCAUCAGUUUAUCUGUCCCUUGUUCCAAUCAUUGGUGGUUGUGCUCUUGCUGCUGUAACUGAACUCAACUUCAAUAUGACAGGUUUUAUGGGAGCUAUGAUAUCAAACUUGGCAUUUGUCUUCCGUAACAUAUUCUCAAAGAAGGGAAUGAAGGGGAAUUCUGUUAGUGGGAUGAACUAUUAUGCUUGUCUAUCAAUGUUGUCUCUUGUAAUUCUCACGCCUUUUGCAAUUGCUGUAGAGGGACCACAGAUGUGGGCAGCAGGGUGGGAAAAGGCUUUAUCUCAAAUUGGACCAGAGUUCAUCUGGUGGGUGGCUACCCAAAGUAUUUUCUAUCAUCUCUACAACCAGGUCUCAUACAUGUCCCUUGAUCAGAUCUCACCCUUGACAUUUAGCAUUGGCAACACCAUGAAACGAAUAUCUGUUAUAGUUUCCUCCAUCAUCAUCUUCCACACACCUGUCCAGCCUAUCAAUGCUCUUGGAGCUGCCAUUGCUAUCCUUGGAACCUUCUUGUAUUCUCAGGCAAAAGCAUGAGCAAACUGGGGAUUCAAGAAUUUUGAUUCAUCAUAUAACAUAGACGAUGAAAGCAAAAAUGGUAUGCAGAAGAACAUAGCCUAAAUGAGUUUAUAGUUUACUGUCUUUUGGGAUCUAUCGCCAGAUUUUGGUAAGAUAAACCGGAAGCUUAAUGUAGAUAUUUAUAACAAUGAUGAUGAUUAUAAAAAAGUCAUACAGUGGAUUAGGCAGUUUUUUUUUUUUAAUAUUUUAAUACUGCUGAGAGGUAAAGUGUUUGAAUAAACAAGGAUUAAUGUUGGGAGCCUUGUCUAUGGCAGCAGACAUGAAGAAGAAGAACGAAAACAAUGUUAUAUGAAUAGUGAGAGUAGGGUCGGUACAUAUGCUUAGCUUAUGGUGUACAUUGAAAAUUUGUGGUCUGGAAAGGCAUUUGGAAAAAAUGCUAGUAGCAAGUUGAUUUUAAACCUUCAUUAACAUGUGAGCUUGUCCCUUCAUUACCAUCUGACCACAUGCCUCCUCUUGAAUUGAAAGGAUAAUUUCUCUUGCUUUGUUUCA